UCUAAACCGAAACUCGAAUUUCAAUUCCGCCACUAUAACCCGAAGAUGACUAAAGACUUCGCCGUGCCACCAGUAGUCUUCCCCAGAGCAAACAACUUCCAGCAACGACGCUUCCAACCACCACGCACUUCCUCCUCCUCGAUCCCUUUCAUGUCGUUCGAAAUCGGAUCAUCAUUCAACAGAGGAGGCUCAACUUCCUUAGAAGACGAGGAGCCUCUCCUCUCCGAGCUCGGGAUCCACCCGGAACAAAUAUGGAGCAAAACCAGAUCGAUACUCAACCCGUUCCGAAUCAAUCAAUCCGUUCACAAGGACUCAUCGGAUCUCUCGGGACCUAUCUUUCUCUACCUCUCGCUUUGUGUUUUUCAGUUGCUUGCUGGGAAGAUCCAGUUCGGUGUGAUAUUGGGGUGGAUCGUUGUGGCUUCAAUUUUUCUUUAUGUGGUUUUUAAUAUGCUUGCGGGGAGGAGGAGUGGGAAUUUGAAUUUGCACACGUGUGCGAGUUUGGUUGGGUAUUGUUUGCUCCCGGUGGUGGUUUUGGCGGUUGUGUUGUUGUUGUUUGUGCCGCGUGGGGUUGGGGUUGUUAGGUUUGUUGUUGCGGGGGUGUUUGUGUUGUGGUCUACGAGGGUUUGUUCUGGUUUGGUUGUUUCUUUGGCUGAUGGUGGUGAGGGAGGGGAGCAUCGUGGGUUGAUCUCGUAUCCUUGUUUCUUGAUUUAUUGUCUUUUUUCUCUUCUCGUUGUGUUUUGAUUUGUGGAAGUAUUGAUAGUUCUUUGAUGUGAGGUUGAAAUAGCAACCUAGGUGUAAAGGCAAGGGUUUGUUUUUUUUUUUUGGUAAAUUUAAAAAAUUGUUUAUGAAAAUUUGAUUCAAAAUUUGUAUCUAUCUUUCACUUGUUUAUUUUUUGAGGUAAUUAUAUUUACACAAUUCAUAUCAAAUAUACAU